AUGUCCCCGUCACAAAGUUUCACCGAGAUUCCCCGCAUAGACCUCUCUCUCGCCUCCAACCCCGCCACCGAGACCGUUCUCCUGGAUCAGCUUCGGCACGCGCUCACCAACGUCGGUUUCCUCUACGUUAUCAACCACGGGGUACCUGAAAAGGUCAUAUCGGAUGUCGUCGAAGCUCUUCCAACACUCUUCGCGUUACCUACCGAAGCGAAAGAUGAGAUUUCACUGAGGAACUCGCCUCACUUUUUGGGGUAUAGUGGAGAUGGCUCGGAGACUACGGCGGGGAAGAGCGAUCGAAGAGAGCAGAUUGAGUUCGCGACUGAGCUGGAAGAUGGAUGGAAGGAAGGCUUGCCUCUGAGAGAACGCCUGAGGGGACCUAACCAGUGGCCUUCCGCUUACCCUGAACUUCGCCCAGUCAUCGAAACUUACAUCUCAGAGCUCAGCCUUCUCGGGGAGCGUUUUCUCAGGCUGGUUGCUAAAGCUUUGUCACUGCCUGACGCAACCUUCCUCCCCUUCUUGUCUGACCAGCAUCGGCUCAAGCUUGUUCAUUAUCCCGCUUUACCAGAAAACGAAGCUGGAAGUCAGGGUGUAGGACCGCAUAAAGAUUCAUCAGGCUGGUGGACAUUCUUACUGCAGGCUUCGCCGCCACAUAUCAAAGGUCUACAGGCGCUGAACAAGACUGGAGACUGGAUCGACGUACCAGUAUUACCCGGGUCCUUUGUGGUGAACAUUGGACAAGCAUUUGAAGUCGUUACGAAUGGUGUGUGUAAGGCGACAACGCACCGCGUACUCUCGGGGUCUUUGGAACGUUUCAGUGUCCCAUUCUUCCAGGGCGUGAGGAGGGACUUGACGAAAGAAGAGGCGGUCGGGACGUUGAGAGAGCAUUUUGAAAAGCCCCAGAUCAGAGGGUUAGCGUUAGAGUCCGAAGAAGGCAGGGAGAUCGAUUCAGCCUUCUUGAAAGGGAAGUACGACACGUGGGGUGAGAACCAGCUGAGGACCAAGAUCCGAAGUCAUCGAGAUAUUGGCAGGAAGUUCUAUGGUGACGUUUUUGAGAAGUAUGUCAACGACGACCAAUGA